AUGAUUGCAUCGCAAAAAGAUGGACAGACUUGGUGGAAAAUUGAACCCAAAUACUCUACUAAAGUUCUCAUUGGAAACUGGGUGGAAGAGAGGAAAAGGUUUGCAAAAGACACUGGGAAACUUGGCAGCAGCACAUACAGAACAGACUUCAUUUGCUUCCCAAAUCACAAACCAGACCAAACACUAAGGAGAACCAUGAUGGAAAAACUUGAGGGCCUGCCAAUGCAGCACUUCUUCUCCCAUCAUGAGGAACCAAAAAGCCGAAAUUUAGUAUCGGAGUACGACGAUAAAUACAAUAGACACAGUUACAACCCCAUCCUGCCUCCCCUCCGCAGCUGGAAUGGACGCAAGUUAGCUUGGAUUCCUCAGAAAUCAGACUUCCCCAUUCUUGAACCACCCACCAACUAUGGCCUUCUUGAGCACCUGAAGAAAAAAUGGCACACGAAAGAAGCUGGAGUGAACAACAGUGUCUACACCAUUUCCUACGAAAGCCCACCGAUUUCUGCUUUUGCUACUUAUCAACUGAGACAACCAGCUAAAACUUACUACCUCCCUUCCAGCCAGGGACAUCUUUCCCAAACCAUCAGUAGAAUCCUGGACUUGAAGGGGGUCAGACAUAUCUGCAGGCCAUUGGCCAACUGGUGA